UCCUACUGGAGAGUCUGCUCCAAAAAUCUGGAAUGGGGCCCAGGGUGUUUGAGCUUUUCCACAACUUCUUGAAGUACUUCCCUGGUACACACAGGCAAGUCUACAAAAACCUGCAGGAAAUCACCGGCUUCAUUGACCGCGUUGUGGAGAAGCACCGUGAAACCCUGGACCCCAGCUCCCCCCAGGACUUCAUCGACGCCUACCUGAUCCGCAUGGACAAAGAGAAGGCCGACCCCCGCAGCGAGUUCCACCAGCGGAACCUCAUCUACACCGUGCUGUCGCUCAUCUUCGCCGGCACGGAGACCACCAGCACCACGCUCCGCUAUGGAUUCCUGCUCCUGCUCAAAUACCCCCACAUCACAGAGAGAAUCCACAAAGAGAUUGACCAGGUGAUUGGCCCACACCGCCUUCCAUCCCUUGAUGACCGAGCCAAAAUGCCAUACACUGAUGCAGUCAUCCAUGAGAUUCAGAGAUUCGGGGACCUCCUCCCGAUUGGUGUGCCCCAUAUGGUCACCAAAGACACUAGCUUCAGAGGGUACAUCAUUCCCAAGGGCACUGAAGUAUUUCCCAUCCUGCACUCGGCUAUCAAUGAUCCACAUUACUUUGAAAAACCAGAAGUCUUCAACCCUGACCGCUUUCUGGAUGCCAAUGGGGCAUUGAAGAAGAAUGAAGCUUUUAUCCCCUUCUCCAUAG